UACGCCGUCGAGCAGGCAGCAACAAGCCGAAUACAAAAUUUUUCAAAAAUUUUUAAAACUACGUAACCUACUACCAAAACAAAAAUGGAAUACACCACCAAGACCCAGAUCUACCAGAAGGUGAAGAAGCCAAUGCUGGAGCGCCAGCGACGUGCCCGCAUGAACAAGUGCCUGGACAACCUGAAAACACUUGUCGCCGAGCUACGAGGUGAUGAUGGCAUCCUGCGCAUGGACAAGGCCGAGAUGCUCGAGUCAGCGGUGAUCUUCAUGCGCCAGCAAAAGACACCAAAGAAGGUGGCUCAGGAAGAACAAUCCCUCCCCCUGGACAGCUUUAAGAAUGGCUACAUGAAUGCCGUCAACGAGGUGUCACGUGUCAUGGCCUCCACACCUGGCAUGAGCGUCGACCUGGGCAAAUCGGUGAUGACUCACCUGGGACGCGUCUACAAGAACUUGCAGCAAUUCCACGAAGCACAGUCCGCCGCCGACUUCAUCCAGAACUCGAUGGACUGCUCCUCAAUGGACAAGGCUCCGCUCAGCCCCGCCUCCUCCGGAUAUCACAGCGACUGCGACAGCCCCGCCCCCUCGCCACAGCCCAUGCAGCAGCCCUUGUGGCGCCCCUGGUAAAAACAAGGGGUUAAGUGGCAGGAAGGUAAGGGUGGAGUGGCAAUGGGAAUGGAAGAACCAACCAACAACGCAUCUGUGAUAGCCCAACUGUGAUGGCAACAAAAUAGCAAAAUUAAAAAAGCAAUUAGCAAAACAAAUAUAAACC